CUACACCUGUACUGUAGCUCCACCCACAACAUCAGACCUUGUGACAAUGGCUACGGACAUGGGAGCCUGGAGUGAGACAAAGGACGCCACUGAGGAAACUCAGACGAUUUGUGAUCAGGUGAAGGACCAAGUGGAGAAAAGGACAGGCGAGAACUACAGGGUAUACAAAGCAGUUAAAUACAGAGAUCUGCAUCUGUGUGGAGGAACCCACUACCUUAUCAAGGUUGAUGUUGGAGAGGACUACGAUCAUCUGAGUGUCAACCAAGUAACUGGAUCACAGUUCCCAUCUCCUCCAUCACUGAGCGGUGUAGAGCAGCACAAAACCAAAGACGACCCCUUCUUACCUUUCACCUACUGAUCACACAACCUGUUUCAACAGUUAAACACUUAUAGGCUGCAGUCUCAUGUUAAACUGCUCUGCUUCUUUAUUCUGAAAUGAUUUGACUUUGAUUUUAAAUGUAUUAACACACAGAGAUAAAGAUAUUUGAUGUUGGGACGCAGCAGGUAAAUGCACUGCCUUCUAAAGAAAUGAUAAAGAUUGAAACAUU